GAGAGGCAGCGUGGGAAGUGUGUGCGUGAUUCAGAUGAGAGGCAUUACCUCAUGGAGGACAAGCUGAGACUGAAGGGGUCUAACCGAGGUGACUAGCGCUGACGCCGUUGCUCUCUGCCUUUUCUGCUCGGGUUCAGAGGGAAGUUUUGACAGCCAGGCUUUACAGCCCCCCCUCUCUCCGCUCCCCGUUCUGUCACUCCUGACAGAGAGAGAGAGAGAGAGAGAGAGAGAGAGAGAGAGAGUGAAGAGGUGGUGACUUCAUCCCUUCUCCUGACAAACCCUUCUCUCCCCCUCCUUUCCCUUUUUUUUUUUCUUCUCCCAAUACUUUUGCGCAGCGCAGUCAGGCAGCAUGCCAGUCCUCCUCUUGCUGCGCUCCCUGGUUAUCAGGCUCCUCAGCAGCCGACUGGCGGGCUCCCUGGCACAGUUCCUCAGGAGAAGCCUCUCGACAGGCGCUGCCCACCUCGGCACGGCGCUGCGGCACGUCUGGGAGCGCGUUCGAUCCCAGGAGUCGAAGGAGGCCAUCCUGGGCUGCGUCCUGUGCAUUCUCAACAUGCACAAGAAGGUGGAGAACUGAUCUCCCCCUCCCUUUG